GUCCCUGUUCGAGUGCCCCAGCUGGUGAGCGGCCGAGCGCCCUGAGCGCGUCCGCGGCGCGGGCUGCGCUCCCCGGGCCGGCGGGGUCCGGGCGCGGCCCUCGCGUGCCGCCAUCGGCAGCGCCGCGGGGGGCAGGGAAACCACCACCUGGCUUACAUCUGGAUGUAGUCAAAGGAGACAAACUCAUUGAGAAACUCAUCAUUGAUGAGAAGAAAUACUAUCUCUUUGGGAGAAAUCCUGAUCUGUGUGAUUUUACCAUUGACCACCAGUCUUGCUCUCGGGUCCAUGCUGCCUUGGUCUAUCACAAACAUCUCAAGAGGGUUUUCCUCAUAGAUCUGAACAGCACACAUGGCACGUUCCUGGGCCACAUCCGUUUGGAAGCUCACAAGCCCCAGCAGAUCCCCAUCGACUCCACGGUUUCCUUCGGCGCCUCCACGCGUGCGUACACGCUGCGCGAGAAGCCGCAGACGCUGCCCUCGGCCGUCAAGGGGGACGAGAAGAUGGGGGGUGAGGAUGAGGAGCUGAAGGGUUUGCUGGGGCUGCCAGAGGAGGAGACAGAGCUGGACAAUCUGACAGAGUUUAAUACAGCCCACAACAAAAGGAUCUCCACACUGACCAUUGAGGAAGGGAACUUGGACAUCCAGAGGCCAAAGCGAAAACGGAAGAACUCCAGAGUGACGUUCAGUGACGAUGAUGAGAUCAUCAACCCGGAGGACGUGGACCCAUCUGUGGGGCGGUUCAGGAACAUGGUACAGACAGCAGUGGUGCCUGUUAAGAAGAAGCGGCUGGAGAACGCGGGCUCGCUGCCCCCGGACGAGUCGGCGUCGCGGCGCAUGCAGAGCUUCCCCUACAGCGGAGGAUUGUACGGGGGGCUGCCCCCCACGCACAGCGAGGCGGGCUCGCAGCCCCACAGCGUGCACGGCACCGCGCUCAUCGGGGGGCUGCCCAUGCCCUACCCCAACCUCGCCCCCGACGUGGACUUGACUCCAGUUGUGCCCUCCACAGUGAACAUGAACCCAGCUCCAAACCCCGCUGUCUUCAACCCCGAAGCUGUGAAUGAACCCAAGAAGAAGAAAUACGCCAAGGAGGCCUGGCCGGGCAAGAAGCCGACCCCGUCCCUGCUGAUCUGAGCUGGGCUGAGGGAGGGUAGGAGUUACAACUCCAGAAACUUUUCAUGUGCGGUAUCGUCUUUUUAAAAUUUCAGUGUCCUAACAGAUGUAAUACCAAGAUUGGAGGAGUGAAAUAUCCUUUAAAGAUCUGUCUUCAAAUGUUUUUAUAUGUCUGUUAUAAAAAAAAAAAAUACAGCUCCCGUCUCCUUUUGAACCAAAACCCCUACAGCCUUUUCUUAGCCACCACUGUCCCAGAGGUCUUUGUGCUGAGUUCGGAUCCACAAGUCAAAGGGGCAGUCACACAAUUUCCUUACCACUAUGGCAUGACCCUGCAGGUCCGUGUAUUUCAGUGCUGGGCUCCCUGUGGUGACACUGUUCCUGCUGGAUAUUCUCCCAGCAGGGCAGCUCUGUCAGGAGGAAAUGUUUGUGGGGCCAAGCCUUGCAGAAUGCCAUUGGAAGGAGUUGUAGAACUUGCAGAGUAUAGGUCAGCUUUUAUUUUUUAUAUUUUCAAAAUCCCACCAAUGUGGGGCAUUGUUUUUUUUAUUAUUAUUAUUUUUAGUUUGGCUACAGCUUGUUUUGAUUUCCACAUUAAACACUAGAUCAUCCCAUGAACAGAUAAGCAGGGAAGCAGGUGGGUUCCUUAGCUUUGUUCCAGUGCUGCAGAGUGGGGUCUGUGGGAUGGAUACAGGGUGCAAACAGUGGGGGCAUCCGACAGGAUCAGGCACUGUGCACUGUGCCGUGGUUACUCCCCUGGAUAACUCAGGGUGAAGUUAACACAGGGGAGUUUCUUUCAGACUUGGUGGCCUCUGUAACUCAAAUAGUUCCAUUUUUGUUUGCAAAUGGAACUUUUAAGUUUAGAGUGUAUGAGAUUCAUCAAGACAAAAAGCUGGGAGGACUGGUAUGUUCCCCACACACUAAUAUUUUGGCUGCUGGAAACUGCAGGUGAGAAUUGAGUGCUACUGAGAGCCAGAAUAGGAAUUCUCAGUGGACUUGGGUUGUUGCUCAAGCCCUUUAGUUCCUUGGAUUUAUAUUUGAAAAUGAUUCACAUAUUCAGACAUAUUGUGGCUGUGCUUUAUGCGAGGUAAGGCCAGAGCUUUAUUCUUAAGUUUACUCUAGAUUUUUGUACACACUCUAAUGCAGUUCAGCUAUAAGUCACAUUCCUUUGCAGUUUGGGGGAUCCAGGAAAUGUGCACUGAAAUGAGAGCAUGUACCUGGCUGUUCACUGUGUGCAGGACUGCAGCAACUUGGGGAGGCAGUGCCAGGUUGUUGGGGCUGGGCUGUGUUUCCAGUGAGCUGGGAAUGCUGGAUGGUGCUGGAUCAGAGCUCUGUGCCAGGGAGAUGAGAAUGCUGGAUCAGAGCUGUGCUCCAGUGAGCUGGGAAUGCUGGAUGGUGCUGGAUCAGUGCUGUGUUCCAGGAAGAUAGGAAUGCUGGAUCAGUGCUGUGUUCCAGGGAGAUGCUGGAUGGUGCUGGAUCAGAGCUGUGUUCCAGGGAGGUGGGAAUGCUGGAUCAGUGCUGUGUUCCAGGGAGAUGCUGGAUGCACCAGACCCAUUUCAGACAGAUGCCCCAAAAUCUGUGAGUUCUGCUCCAUGGUGAUUGCUUCUAUCAUGUCCCUGAGGUGGCAGCAGGCAGCUGCCCAGCUCACAAGAGCCAUGGCUUGAGAGACUGCUCUGUUCCCUCCCCACACCAUCACAUCCAGCUCAGACUAUUCCUUGUGUGGAUUCAGCACCUGCUCCAUGAUCCAGCUGUGCUGCUCUGUGUUUUAAGUUGCCAUUGAUGGUUCAGCUGUUGGGCAUUUGUUCUGCUUCCUAGUGCUCCCACAAUAACUCUUCCUCUUUAGUCUGGCCUCUACAAUUCUCAUUUCCCAGCCAGUUGCUUUCUGAAGGCAACUCUUUAGAGUAAGACUAGUCAGGACAAACAAAAGUUGAGCAGGUUCCCUUCUUUUUCUUUUGGGUUUUAUUUUGGGGGGAAGAGGGUUGGGUUGGGGGUUUUUGGAAUUUUGUUUUUGUAAGUGGCUCUUUGCAAGAUUUUUCUUGACAAGGGAAACUUCACUGCUCAUUUUUUUAAAGCUCUUCUCCUCUCAGACUCUGAACCAGCUCUUAUUAUUUCAGAGCUUAGGGGCCACAGCUGGCCACGAGGGGACAGGAACAUCGAGGGGCUUUGUACAGACAUUUGUACACUUGUGUAAUAUGUAAUAGGCCUUUUCACACUUCUGUUGAGCUUUUUACCUGUAACCUUUACUAUGUUGUAAAUUAAAUGCAGAUUUUGCCAGG